UGGGAUGCUCACAGCCCGUCGGAGCACAAGAACCGUUCGAGCAGGGAUAAGACCGCGCCAAGGUUCUUCACUGCACAGAAGGGGAUUUUUAUUCUUUCUUAUUUUUUUCAUUUUUUUGUUUUGCUCCACCGGCUGCAACCGACUGGUCUGCGUUGGUUUACAAUGCGGACCGACGGCGGGUCAAGUCAAAGUCACUUGUGAGGCGGAAAGAGGACAAGGAGUCCGAGGAGAGGUUCUUCUGCAAACCCCCCCCCCCCCCCUUGUGACGGAGCCCGGUCUUUGGGUUAUCGUUCCAUCAGAGGUGUUUGCGAAGAGCUGCAAAAAAUAAUAAUAAUAAUAAUAAAUAAAAUGAUGGCCGAACUCCGCUGUCGGGACAGCCACGCGCUUGGAUCUGGGAGCGACCACCCGCAUCGGCAACACUCAGGUGACAAACAAGCACGCCGCCGUCUAUAGGAGGGAAUUUCACCACUCCAGGCUUUCCCGGUGUCAUUGCUUCGUCAUUGGCGACCGGAGCGGCGGUUACUACGCCGUUGGACGUUCGCCUUGAACGGGCGAGCGGACGGAGGGCGCGCGGGGGGCUCAUGUGGAGCGCAAAUGUCGGCGUAACGCGGCGGUGCGCCAACUCGGCGGCGUUUUGCCCGCUCCCGUGCGCCGUCCCGGCGGAUCUCGAGCGGACGCCGGGCUCCUGGUUGAUUUCGACUCCACUGAUCCACGCUCACGUGGCCCGACGAACCCCUAAAGUGAGCGCCGCGCAGUGAGCAAGCCAAAUAAGAAAAGUGGACAUCGACUAUUUUUGUCCCCCCACAAAAAAAAAAAAAAAAAAAAAUGUUUCUGGUCAGGAGUGGGAUUAUUUCACGCAUCCUUGGCUGAAAGGAAUCGCGCGUACGGUUUGACAAGAGGGGAGAUAACUGGAGCAAUAACCUCCACCACCGGCGAGGAGGCGAGGGAGACGCACAGGUUGGGCUCCCUCCCUCCAGGCUCCCCACCCUAACCCAAUCAUCUGUAAAUCACCGCAGAUGUCCUUCAUGUUGACCCCAACUGAAUCAAGGCACACCUGAUAUAGUCGCCUUGUUCAAAGUGGACGAUCAUGGAACGGCUGUGGUUGUCUUUGCUGCUGCUGGUGGCAGCGGCAUGCAAGGGGCAGCAGUGUCCGAAACGUUGCAUGUGCCAGAGCCUGUCGCCGUCGCUCGCUAUCCUCUGCGCUAAGACGGGAUUGCUAUUCGUUCCUGUCGCUAUAGACCGACGUACCGUGGAGCUACGGCUUCAAGAGAACUUCAUCACAGCUGUCCGUAGGAAGGACUUUGCCAACAUGACCAGCCUGUUGCAUCUGACUCUGUCCAGAAACACCAUCAGUCAGAUCCUUCCUUCAGCUUUUAGUGACCUGCGGCGACUUCGAGCACUCCAUUUAGACUCAAAUAGAUUAACUGUUGUGAAGGACGAUCACUUCAAAGGCCUGAGCAACCUUCGCCACCUGAUUCUGGCCAAUAACCAGCUUCACUCCAUAUCUCCCCAUGCAUUUGAUGACUUCCUGUCCACACUAGAGGAUCUAGACCUCAGCUACAAUAAUCUCGCAGAAGUUCCUUGGGACACAAUUGGACGCCUAACAAAUGUCAAUACCUUAAAUAUGGAUCAUAACCUAAUUGAAAAUGUUCCCCAAGGAGUUUUCACCAACUUGCACAAACUUGCCAGGCUGGACAUGACAUCCAACAAACUGAAAAAAAUUCCUCCUGACCCGCUGUUCCUGAGAUUCCCAGUUUAUGCAAAAUCCAAAGGGAGCCCCCUGUCCUCCUUGGUUUUGAGUUUUGGAGGAAACCCUCUCCAUUGCAAUUGUGAACUUCUGUGGUUAAGAAGACUGACCCGAGAGGAUGACCUGGAGACGUGUGCUUCCCCCCAAGACCUUAGUUCCAAAUACUUCUGGACAAUACCUGAAGAGGAAUUUAUUUGUGAUCCGCCAGUGUUAACCCGCAAGUCACCUCAAACUAUGACUAUGGAGGGCCAGCCUGCCAGUCUCAAAUGCAAAGCAAAUGGGGAUCCAGAACCAGAAGUCCACUGGAUCAGUCCCGAAGGGCGACUAAUAUCUAAUGGCACAAGAACAUUGGUUUUCCCAAAUGGAAGCUUGGACAUCAAUGUCACCUCUCUAAAGGAUGCGGGGAACUUCACCUGCAUUGCCUCCAAUGCGGCAGGCGAAUCCACAGGAAGAGUGGAACUGGUUGUUACGCCAAUGCCCCAUCUGGCAAACAGCACAAGCCGCAGCAGAGACCCAUCAGAGGCCAGAGAACCUGCUCCGUCUGACAUCCUAACCUCGUCUAAAGUCUUGAUGCCUAACAAUGAGACGAGAGCAGAUCGCAGGGUUUCCUUGGUGCAGCUGACAGGAAACUCUGCCCUCAUUAGAUGGAGCAGUCAGACACCUAUGUCAGGAGUCAGGAUGUUCCAGGUCCAAUACAACAGCUCAGGGGAUGACACGCUGGUAUACAGGAUGAUUCCCUCCAGCACCAAUGACUUCCUGGUUCGUGACCUCGCUCCCGGGAGAAGCUACGACCUGUGCGUCCUUGCCGUCUUCGAGGAUGUCGUCACCUCGCUGACUGCAACGCGUCCUCUGGGUUGCUUGUCAUUCACGACAGACACGGAAUUCAGCCAGUGUCAGGCACUGCACAGUCACUUCCUGGGAGGGACGAUGAUCAUCAUCAUCGGCGGGAUUAUAGUGGCUUCCGUUCUGGUUUUUAUUAUUAUCCUGAUGAUAAGAUACAAGGUUUACAGCCACCAAGGGACAGCCCAUGGAAAAGCUGCCAUCUCGACAACUGUGCCAAGACAGCAGAGCAACGGGCAGGGGAGUCAGGCCCAAGUCCUGCCUCGCUCUGCUUCAAAAAUGACUGAGAGUCAGGACGAGGAAGCAGUGGGUCCAUCUGGGGCCGUGUCACCGAGCGACACCGUCGCAUUGGUCGUGGAGGAGGCCAGCGGGCGCAGCAUCAUGACACGGACUGACACCGCGGCCAAUGACGAGUUGCUCUCACCCAGUAAGGGCCGCUUCAGCUCCAGGGUGGCCAUUGAGAUGAAAAACAGACCGCCAUCUGGCGCCAAAGAGCUCACCUCCCCCAAGGAACUGGCAGAACCCUGAAGUUUCUAAAACUGAUUCGAGUGGUUCAACGGAAAAGAUGACAUUACCGCAGAGGAGAACAAGAAAAAAAAAAAAAAUUAAGAAGAAGAAACCUCCCCCCCCUGUCUGUUUAUCUUGCUUUCUGUAACCCUUUGUUGUGUUGCCAUCUGGUUUACCUUUUUUUCCCUCAUUAUCCCGGUUCUCAUUUCUGGAUUGGAUUACCAUGUCAGUGCUUGCCAACGGUGUUCCUGAAAGACCCCAACCCCCCCACCCCACCCCCUGUUUGUCGGAUCAUCGUGAUGAGCGUUAAUGGAAUAAAUUCGACACUCACGAACAACACAAUCUCCUUCUUUAAGAAAAAAAAUACAAGACUGUCAAAGGUUGAUGCUGCGGACUACAGUUGGAUGAUUUAAAAAAAAAAAAAAAAAAAAAAAGAAAAAGCGAAAAGCAUAAAAUAUGUCACGACAUACAAUGCAUUUAACUGUAAAUGAGCCCCUAUCCCAUUGGACAAGUACCGAGUGGAUGAUGAACGUAGACUGGCUGACUUUAGAAUCUCCUUCGACUAGGAUCUGUAAAUGCUGACCACUGGUGUUUUGGCUGUAAAAACUGCUCGUACACUCAGAACCCAGAGUUCAGCUAGCAUUUGGAGCACUGUCAGACGCAAAGUCAACAUGUAUUCCUUCUAUAAUCACUUGGUAAAAUGCAACUUUGUAAAAGGAAGAUAACCCUUGUCAAGCGAAACGGAUUUGAACUUUGACACAAGCUUUGCAUCCAGUGGUUUGUUCCGGACAAUUCUCAUGUGAUGAGUCAUGAUUUGACUCUCGGAAAAAGAUGAGCCUUGUCUGGGUACUGGACGUGUAUUCAAAAUGCUCUGUCGCUAGCCUUGCACAGACUCAAAUGGACUAAACCAAGCAGAUCAUCUUUUGUGCCAGUCUAAAUAUUUCCACUGGAUUGGACCGGCAAGGACCUCAAACGCUCCGUUGCACCUUUCUGGAUCCCCUUUAAACCAGGCCCAGAUCUGUCAUCUCUGAAGAAGAAGAAAAGCGCCGUUCUCCUUCACAACAAAAAGAGACAAAUAACAGCAGUGCAUCAGUUUCAGUCAUCCGUCAUCGUUCUUUUUAACCUUUGGCCUCACUGUCAGUCAGCGUCGUUGAAUAUUUUCAUGUGCAGAACAAACGUGGUAAGCGAGCAAAUGAUGGCAAAUUGUUUUCAGCAUUGUUUGCGGCGGUCCCGGCCCCAUUUACAUCACAAUCGCGUCGUUACCGUCACCACGGAUUGGAGCGUGUGCCCAGCAUGAAUUUCCCAACGUCUCAUCAUAAAGUUCAUCAUAUUCCUCUGGAGAAUUUAUGUAUCACGCAACGCGCGGCACGAUCCAAGUGAUCAUCACUUUCAUCUUCCUCAUGAUUUGGCCCAUUGCAGGUGGAAUUUUGGAUAAAUAAGUGCUGUGUCUGAUAUUUACCACCCAUGUUUGUUUCUGUCGAAAUUAUGGUCAUUAGCGUUAUGAUCCCAUCAUUUCAGAUCAUUUUGGAGGAAUAUCUGCUCCAGAAGGAAAACCGGGAUUCUUUGAAGAGGCUCACACACAUUCUUCCUAACCAACACGCAUUCCUUCUGUGUACGCUUUU